AUGGGCUUUACUUUUAAAGAGCAACUGGCCCAGACGAAACCAAAGAAUGCAUUCUAUACAACUGAAUUCGGGACAAAGUGCCACCGCUACUACUGUGCAGCAUGCGGCGAAUGCCAUCCCAUGAAUGAAUGCGCGUCCAGGCGGUUGGUUGAACACAUCACCGGCACCGGGCUUCCAGACGCCGCCUUCCGUGCCUCCGAGGCCUACGUCAUUGACGACUACGUGCAAGGCAAAUUCCAAGUAGAGCGUCGCAAACUGCGUCGAGAGCACCACUGCAAACCCACAGAAUCCUUCCCCUUCCCUGAAGACAAACAGCCAAGUGGACCAAUAAUCAGACCUUGCAAGCAAAAGCCUUAA